AUGGCCUCGAUCCUCAGACAGAUUGUAGCUGGACCUCGACAACAACACCCAGAGGCCGGUCUAGAUCUUUGCUAUGUUUCCGAUAACAUCAUCGCAACCUCCGGCCCGUCAACAAACUACCCCAAAAUCGCCUACAGAACCCCGCUGAAGCAACUCGUCGACUUCCUCGAUAGCAAGCAUGGCACAGAGUGGGGGAUCUGGGAGUUCCGCGCUGAGGGUACGGGGUACCCCGACUCCGAGGUCUACGGUCGAAUCCACCAUUUCCCGUUUCCUGAUCACCAUCCGCCGCCGUUUGCGCUGAUUCCGAAGGUCAUGGCUAGUAUGCGGAAUUGGUUGCAGCGGUUGGAUGGGCCGGCUGCGGAGCAGAAAGGAGGCGAAGGCGAAGGGAAGGACAGCAAAGAACAAGCGCAGCGCGUUGUGGUUGUGCACUGCAAGGCUGGGAAGGGUCGCAGUGGGACAAUGGCGUGCUCGUACCUGAUCAGCCAGGAGGGAUGGAAGCUGGAGGAUGCGUUACAGCGGUUCACGGAGCGGCGGAUGCGGGUUGGGUUUGGCUCUGGUGUGAGCAUCCCGAGUCAGCUGCGGUGGGUGCGGUACGUGGACCGAUGGACGAACGAAAUGGGGAAGAAGUAUGUUGAGCGGCCGGUGGAGAUACUUGAGAUCCAUGUCUGGGAACUAAGAGACGGGGUUAAAGUCGCGGUUGAAGGGUACGUUGAGGACGGCCAGGCGAUUAAGCAGUUCCAUCUCUUCCAUCGGAACGAACGCAUCGGUCUGCCUAGCGAUAGUGCUACGUCGCAAUCCAACAGCGCCGCUGGGAGCGACAACGAGGGCAACAAUAGCAGCAGCAACGACAACCUCAACAAAUCCAAGCCAAAACCUACGAUCAAAACCGCCGCGACUUCAAACCCAGCCUCUACCAUCACUACUCCCCAGGAGCCUCCCUCGGCUGCUGAAUCAGAAGCCUCUCUCUGGACGAAGGCCAGCAACCUCACCUCGGCCCUCACAAAUCCAACCACCGACCAACCCAAUACAGUCACCCAGCCCAAGACAUCAACGCCUGCCGAAACCCCCCAGAAACAUACCAGCGCCAUCCUCCUCCGGCCCCGCACGCCACUCAUCCUUCCAACAUCCGAUGUAAACAUCGACUUUGAACGCCGCAGCAAAGCCGCCUCCUACACAGGCCUGGCAAUGGUAACAUCAAUCGCCCACGUCUGGUUCAACCCCUACUUCGAAGGCGGCGACAAGCACGACUCCGGCGUAUUCGAAGUCGACUGGGACGCCAUGGAUGGAAUCAAGGGUACCUCAAAGAAGGGCAUCAAGGCGCUCGACCGGCUGAAGGUCGUAUGGCGGUACGCGGAGCCAAGCACGAAAGAGGUUAAAGAUGUGGAUAGCCAGAACAGGCCGGUUUCCAGCCAGGUGGUUAUGGAGCCGCAGCCUGGAGAGCCGGUCCCUGAGACCAAGGUUGCAGAUUGGAGGCUGAGAGAUAGUGAUGCUGAGGCUGAUGUUGGGACUGAUGAGAGUGGGAAGGAGGAUAGAGAGUGGGAGAGCAGCGCGGAGGAGGGUGGCGGUAGUAGUGGCAAGGACCAAGAGAAUACUCCUAUAAGAAAGGGGAAGAAGGAAGGGGAUGAUAAGGCGUCGAAGUAG